AUGAGUGAUCAAAUCACCCCUGAAGAACAACAUGCUCUAUUACAAGAAUCAAUAAAUGUGAUCAAACAAGAAACUCAAUUGAUGAAGAAAUCACUUGAAACGAAAGGGAAAUUAAUGGAUGCCUUGAAACAUGCUUCAAAUUUCUUAACUGAAUUAAGAACUUCUCAAUUAACUCCAAAACAAUAUUAUGAAUUAUACAUUCUUAUAUUUGAUUCAUUGAAUUUAUUAGCAAAUUAUUUGAAAGAUAAUCAUCCUCAUCAUCAUUUAGCUGAUCUUUAUGAAUUGGUUCAAUACGCUGGUAAUAUAGUUCCAAGAUUAUAUUUGAUGAUCACAGUGGGGACUGUUUAUAUGUCAAUCCCAGAUGCACCAAUUAAAGAAAUUAUGAAAGAUAUGAUUGAAAUGUGUAGAGGUGUUCAAUAUCCAAUUAGAGGUUUAUUCUUAAGAUAUUAUUUAUCACAAAGAACCAAAUCAUUAUUAUCUGAAAAUCAAGAUUCAAUUCAAUUUGUUAUAACAAAUUUUAUAGAGAUGAAUAAAUUAUGGGUUAGAUUACAACAUCAAGGUCCUUCAAAAGAUCGUUUGAAAAGAAAUAAAGAACGUGAAGAGUUGAAAAUUCUUGUUGGUAGUAAUUUGGUUAGAUUAUCUCAAUUACAAAAUGAUAAAGAAUAUUAUAAAAAUUUCAUAUUACCAACUGUUUUAGAACAAAUUGUUCAAUGUAAAGAUAUUUUGGCUCAAGAAUAUUUAUUAGAUGUUGUUAUUCAAGUUUUCCCUGAUGAAUUCCAUUUAUAUACACUAGAUGAAUAUUUGGAUAUUAUAAAAGAUUUGAAUCCAAAUGUUAGUAUUAAAAAAGUUUUAAUUACUUUAAUCGAUAGAUUAACAGAUUUUGCUAAAAGGGAAGAUUUGACAGAUUUGGAGAAAUUAACCAUUAAGGAAACUGGUAUUGAUGAAGAACAAAUUGAAUCUCAACAAGAAGAAACAACAGAGAAGUCAGAGGAAGCUGAUGAACAACCAGUGGAACAAUCAGAAGGUGAAUCAAAAAGUGAAAAUGAUGGUGAAACCAAUGGCUCAUCAAGUUUUAGUAUCAAUCUUUUUGAAAAAUUUUGGUAUUAUAUUAAUCAGUUAGAACAAUCAAGAGAAUUAUCAAUUGAAGAAAUAAGUUCAUUAUUAGAAUCAAUUUCUAAAUUAACUUUAACUUAUUAUUCAAAUAAUUUUGAAAAUAUUGAUUUAAUUUUAAAAUUUGCAAUUGAAAAAUUAAAAGAAUUAUCAAAUGAUCAAACUAAGAAUGAUUUUGAUCAAACUUUUAAAAAUUUAUUAUUAGCACCAAUUAAUAAUUAUGAAAAUUUAUUAGAUUUAUUAAAAUUAACAAAUUAUAUUGAAUUAUUAAAUUUAGAAUCUUUGAAAAUUCAAAAAAUUGUUAGUUUAGAAAUUUUAAAUAAAAUUUUAUCAAAUGGGAUAAGAUUGAAAACUUUAGAAAGUGUUAAUGGUAUUAUGUCAUUACUUAGAGUUAUUAUUGAAUCUAAAGAUCAAACUUCUUCAACAUCAUCAAACACAGAUCAAGAAAGUUUAGAAUUUAUAACUGAACAAGAAAAAUUAUCCAAAAUUAUACAUCUUAUUGGGAAUAAAAAUCCAAUUAUUCAUGGGAAAUUACUUACAAGUUGUAAAAAUUAUUUAAGUAAAGGAAAUAUAAAAUUUACUUAUCCAUCAAUUUUUUUCAAUACAUUAAAAUUAAUCAGAAAGAAUAAUCUUGAGGAAAAUCAGAAUAGUUUAUUUAAAUUUAUUUCAAGAAUCAUAAAUGAUUUAUAUCGUUUAGGAUUGAAUGAUCUAAGUUUUAAAUUAAAUCUUUCAAGUGCCAUUAUAGCAGAUCAAAUUAAAUUUGAAGAUAUUUCAUAUGAAUUUUUCGUUCAAUCAUUCACAAUUUAUGAAGAAUCAAUAAGUGAUUCAAGAUCUCAAUUCCAAUCAAUAGUGGCUAUAGCAGGUGCAUUACAACAAUGUAGAAAUUUUAAUAAAGAAAAUUAUGAUAAUUUAAUUACCAAAACUGCAUUACAUGGUUCAAAAUUAUUGAAAAAACCAGAUCAAUGUCGUUCAGUUUAUUUAGCUUCACAUCUUUGGUGGGGUGUUGAAAUUCCUUCAUUAGGUGAAGAAGAAGGUAUUACAGAAUUUUAUAGAGAUGGUAAAAGAGUUUUGGAAUGUUUACAAAGAUCUUUGAGAGUGGCAGAUGCUUGUAUGGAUUCUUCAGUUUCAAUUGAAUUAUUUGUGGAAAUUUUGAAUAGAUGUUUGUAUUAUUUCAUUCAUGGAAGUGAAUCCAUCACUAUUAAAUAUAUUAAUGGAUUAAUUGAAUUGAUUCAAACUAAUUUGGAUUCUAUAUCUAAUGAAAAUGGUGCGAUUAAUGAAAAUCCAAAGAAACAUUUCCAAAGAACUUUAGAAUAUAUUGAUUCCCAAAAAGAAAUUGAUGAAAGAUUUCAAUUGAUAACGUGGUGA